AUGUCGAUCCAAGCCUACGAUCCUCCCGUUAUCAACGCCUUCCACCAGUGCGAUCCUGCAGCCCACGUAUGGAAGCAUGAUCCCAACACUGUCUACAUUUAUGGAUCUCACGACUGGAACAGUACUUCUACUUCCGAUGAUGGUGGCAGCCAAUAUGACAUGAAAGACUACUACGUCCUUACUCAAACCAACAUCAGCGCGCCAGCCAAGGUCUCCCAGAAGAUUUUGGAUCUUCCCGAUGUGCCAUGGGCCGCCAAGCAGUUGUGGGCGCCCGACGCCACGGAAAAAGAUGGAAAGUUCUAUCUGUAUUUCCCAGCCAAGGAUCAUGAGGGUGUCUUCCGCCUCGGUGUUGCGAUCUCCGACACCCCAGAUGGCAAAUUCCAGGCCGAGCCAAGUUUCAUUCCAGGAAGCUACAGCAUCGACCCAUCUGUUUUGGCUGAUACUGACGGCUCCUAUUACAUCUACUUUGGUGGCUUAUGGGGCGGACAGCUUCAGGCAUGGACCAACAACACCCUGGUAAGCCAUCAAAGAUCGGCGAAGCUAUACAUUGCUAACGACCAAAUGCAGAACAAGACGGCCUUUGGCCCCAACGAGCCCAGCUCUGGCCCGGCUCUUGGUCCUCGCUUCGCAAAGUUGUCAGCUGAUAUGCGUUCUUUCGUACAUGCUCCUAAGGAACUAGUCAUCUACGACAAGGACGGCCAAGUCAUGCAGGCUAACACGACACGCCGAUUCUUCGAAGGUCCCUCAAUCAACAAGGUUGGCCACGAGUACUAUCUCCAGUACUCUACCGGUAGCUUCCACACUGUCGAAGUCGCCGUCGGAUCCAAGCCAGAUGGUCCGUUCCACUGGAACUCGACUUUGCUGCAGCCUGUCAAGGGAUGGACCACGCACCAGUCCAUCACCAAGUUCAAGGAUGACUGGUUGUUGUACUACGCCGAUGCCUCGCUCUCUGGCCAGGACAACCUCCGCAACACCAAGGUCAGGAAGCUGAAAUACGAGCAGGGCACUUUUUCACUUGCUCAGCCUCAGCCAGUUCAGCCAGCUCAGUAG